AUGACGGCCAUCGCGACGGCCCCAGUCAUCGAGUCAGGAGCAGAUGCAGGAACCGAGCACAGUCCAUCCCGCUUUACUGCGGUCAAUGGUAAGGACUCGUCCGUCCCUACCAAGAUGAGGACUGCCAGUCCACCCAGGGAGAGAGCUCCCUCUGGACCAGAUGUCCAACAUAAACUUGAACCAGAAACCCCGGAGCGAGAGCACAGCGCCGAGGACCACGGGUCGCGAUCGUCAUCGCCGGAGGCAUCGGCCCAUGCACAUAAACGCAAAAGAUCCAACUCCUCUCCAGGGCAUGAGUCGCGGAAUCUAUCUGAACUGGGUGAGAUGGGUAAGAGCUCCACCGCUCACCCCACUGAGUUAGAUGCGCCCCUCAACUCCAACGGGGUGGGUUCGGAAUCGGUCUCGGACAUGGAAUCGACUCUCCAUGGGCCCAACCGAUCAGAUGCCCAUGAGUCUUCCCAGGUCUCCUCUAAUGGACCAUGGCCCGAAUACGAUACCCAGCUGGUGAGUCAAGCCCAACGGGCCCAGCAGAUUGAUGCCUCCGACGCUCAGCUGGUGGAUGCGCUUCAGCGCGAGGUACAUUCCCAGGACCCCAGUCACCGAAAUAUGAACGCAUCUCGGACCACUCCUGCUCCUACGGUGCAAUCUUCUUCGUCGCCGGCAUACUCCUCAGAGCGACCGAACGGGGCGGUGCAAGUGGCACCCAAGCGCAAGCGGGUCUUUAGUAACCGAACCAAGACCGGCUGCAUGACCUGUCGACGCAGGAAGAAGAAAUGUGAUGAGCAGCAUCCAGCUUGUAACAACUGCCUUCGUGGGGGCUUUCUUUGUGAAGGAUACUCGUCGCGCAAUACAUGGCAGAAGCCCUCGAGUUCAAAGACACCAGUACCCUUACAGUCAAAGGAAGGGUAUCCCGAAACCGGUGGCCAGUAUAUUGCAGAAACACAUCAUGAUCGGCAGUUGGCAGAGCACGUGGAUUCACGAAAGAUGAGACCAAUUGUGGUGGAAGAUGAGCGAACCGCUCCACAAUAUACUACCAGCCCCACCGAUACAGCUUCCAGUCAUCACCAAUCAUGGUCCAAACGAUCGUGGCCUAACUCUAACCACCCGGGGCCAACUUAUUCAGGAGAUCAUGCGACUAAAGGGGAUUAUCGAGAGAUCGCAUCCAUUCAUGACCUCCCUCGGGAUGCUCCACCUAAACAAGAUUAUCCUGCGGUGGCUCCGAUGCGAGAAAUCACACAUGGACCGCCCCCCAAGACGAAUAUGCCCCUACUAUUCCAGGGAGCCGCGGCUCCUCCGGUCCCCACCACGGCGAUGGAUACAAAUAGUCCUCAGGUACAGGCUCGAAUGGCCCUAAGCAUUGAAAAUCAAUUGUCUAGUCGUACGGCGGCGGGCAUCGACGAUACUGAGAUGGACAAGAUGAUUAAAGGUGACCUCUAUCGCCCAUUUGACGUACAACUUGUCGAAGAAAGAGACCGAUGUCGACGCGCACUUGCCCGAUUUAACAACGCCUGCAAUCCCCUCGGCGGGCUCAGUUCAAAGGAACAAACUCGCCUCUUUAAGGAGAUUCUAGCUACCCAGCCCACUUGCACCUUGAAGCCUUCGAGUUCUCCAACCAUGUCGAACCCGACAAUGCGUCGCCCUGCUCCCAGUCUUGGGUCAGGAGCAAUUGUGGAGUCGCCAUUCACCUGUCACUAUGGUCACUUCACUAUUGGAGAGGACGUCAUGAUCUCUCACGACUGUGUAUUUGUUGACGAUUGUUUUAUUUUUGUGGGCGCCCAUACUUGGGUGGGGUCCAACGUAACGAUACUUACCUCCAUGGCACAUUCCAGUAUGCAGGAGCGGAAAGGCACGCAAAGCCGACAUGAAGGUCGCCGAGUACGUAUCAUGGAGGACUGCUAUAUUGGGGCCGGGUCUACGAUCUAUCCUGGUGUGACACUUGGCCGGGGGGCCUAUAUUGCUCCCGGAGAAGUCGUUCGAAGUGAUGUGGUCCCUUAUGGCUUUCAAGGUUUCAAACCAAACUAUAUGUGA